CUACAGAGCCGAGCGCGCUGAGGGGGAAGCAAGAUGGCGGCGCCUCAGCAGCCGCCUCAGCCGCAGCCGGCGCAGCUGACGCUCCUGCAGGCGCAGGUGGGGCCUCCUUCGGGCAGCGCCGCGGCGGCGGUGGGCGGGCACCCCGGCUCGGCGCAGGCCGCGGCGGGAGCGGCUUCUCUAACGGUCGCCCAGGCUCCCGGCGGGCUCCAGCCUCCCGCGCAGGCGCAGGACUUCGACCCGGUGCAGCGCUUUCGCCUCCUGCUGCCGCAGCUCAAAGAAAGCCUGCAGAGCUUGAUGAAGGUGGCUGCCCAGAACUUCAUCCAGAACACCAACAUCGACAGCGGACAGAAAAGCACAGACGGCCCCGUGCAGAGAGUGGACAAGAGCCUCGAGGAAUUCUAUGCCUUGUGUGACCAGCUGGAGUUGUGCCUGCGCCUGGCCUACGAGUGCCUCUCCCAGAGCUUUGACAGCGCCAAGCACUCCCCGACCCUCGUGCCGACAGCCACCAAGCCGGACGCGGUCCAGGCAGAGAGCCUGCCCUACACCCAGUACCUGAGCAUGAUCAAGUCCCAGAUCUCUUGCGCCAAAGAUAUCCACAACGCCCUGCUGGAGUGCUCCAACAAGAUCACGGGAAAGGCCCCUUCCCAGGGCGUCCUCUAGGGCUGCCUGCAAGGUGUUCCUGCCGGACGUUUUGGUUUGAACCGCCGGGUGAGAGUCAGUUCCCGGCAUGACCAGAAGGAGGCAGUCCCGUCAACACGAGACAGACAAGGAGCAGGGAGCCUCGUUGUCCUACCUCCUCUGCUUCGUUCCUUCCUUCUGCCCAGGUCUAGACGCGAGUCCCCUGCGCUGUUCAGGUUCCCGACAGGACUUGUCUCCGUCUGGGUCCGUGUUGGUUUCGCAUCUUUCGCAAAUUCUAACCGAAACGCUAGGAGCUCAACUCAGAUGCACAGAAAUCUUUUCGCUUGCAAACAGUUCUCUUGUCAGAGAAGGAUGCUGUGGAAGUACGACAAAUUAAAACUUCUCCUGAUCUA